AAGUCAAAUAAAAUGAAAGGGAGGAGUGGCUGUAACAAAUACAGAACAUUUCAAGCUGUUGAAACAUCACUACUCACUCCCUCCUCCUUCCUCACUCUCUCACACACACACACACACACAACCACCAUUGAAACCCGCAUAGAUCCGUUUGCAUUGCCGCAUUUUAGCCCCACCCACUUACCCAAAAUAGUACCUCUUUAUCUUCUUUACUACUCUCCAUUUCUCUGCUUUCCUUCAAAAAAAAAAAAAAAGAAUCCAUUUUUUCUCCUUUUCUUCUUCUUGUUGUUGUUUCUUUUAUUUUUUGUACUUUCCUUCCUACCCACUUCAACCCCUUCUCUUAAAUCCUAUUCUUUUUGUUUCAGUUCUUGAAGUAAAAGCCAAAAAAAAGAGGAGAACAAAAAACAAAACAAGAACCAUAUAGAAAAAACUGAAGUGUAAAGUUGGAGUUUUGGUGGUUGUUAGCAUGGUGGGGUAUGUUAAAAUUUGAGGUUCUUGGUGUAUGGAAACUUCAGAUCUGAUGUUUAAAGAAAGGAAAAUGAAGAUACAGAAGAAGAACAAGUGUUGUUGCUGCUUACACAGUUCUUUCUUUACUUGUAGUUGACUCCAACAAGUGAAAGUAAAAGUGACAAACUAGUUUGAGCUUUGAAGGAAAAUUCUUCUAGGCUUACCUUUUCUUGGGAUAUUGUGUGUCUUUUGGUUAAACGGGUGUUACUGUUGUAAUCAUUCAUCAAUAGUGAAAAUGCUGGCUUUUGGAAGUCCUAGAAGUAAUGCUCUCAGUACAAACUCUACUUGCCACUCAUUACUUCGAGAACUACAGAAAAUAUGGACAGACAUCGGAGAGAGUGAAGCUGAUAAAGACCGUAUGCUGUUGGAGCUGGAAAGAGAGUGUAUGGAAGUCUAUCGAAGAAAAGUUGAAGAAGCUGCCAAUGCAAAAUCACGUCUUCAUCAGUCUGUUGCAGCUAAAGAAGCUGAGCUUGCAACUUUAAUGGCUGCUCUUGGUGAACACAACAUUAAUUCGCCGACACAGUCAGAAAAAAUGUCAGUUUCAUUGAAGGAGCAUCUUGGGUUAAUCAUGCCUCUUGUUGAUGAUUUAAAAGCAAAGAAAGAUGAGAGAGUUAAGCAGUUUGCAGAUAUAAAGUCGCAAAUUGAGAAAAUAACUAGCGAGAUUUCAGGAAGUUGUAGUAUUGCCAAUUCUCUGAGUACCUUAAACUUGGAAGAACAUGACUUGUCGACGAGAAAGCUCUCAGAGUGCCAAUCACAUCUACAUGCUCUCCAAAAGGAGAAGUCUGUGCGGAUCCAAAGAGUUCUGGACAGUGUGAAUGAGGUUCACACAUUGUGCGGUGUACUUGGGCUGGAUUUUGGUGAAACUGUAAGCAAUGUCCAUCCAAGCUUGCAUGAGAUUAAUCCGGGACAGUACAAAAACAUCAGUGACAUCACGUUGGAAGGUCUUGACCAGGCCAUCCUUAAAUUGAAAACCGAAAGAAAAGUUCGAUAUCAGAAGCUAAAGGAUGUGAUGGGAUCUCUGUUUGAGCUUUGGAGCUUGAUGGAUACAACGAGAGAAGAAAGGCGUAAGUUAUCAAGAAUCAUUUCCGUUCUUGAUAUUUCUGAAUCAAAGGUUGUGGAACCAGGUGCACUUACAUUGGAGGUUAUUCAGCAGCUAUCAGCAGAAGUUGAGAGGCUUACCAAACUGAAAGCAAGCAGGAUGAAAGAGUUGGUGAUGAAAAGGAGGGCAGAACUAGAGGAUUUGUGCUAUAAAACCCAUAUACAACCUGAUUCAAGUACGGCUGCUGAUAAAUCUAGUGCAAUGAUAGACUCUGGUCUCGUGGACCCUUGUGAACUCCUGGCAAAUAUUGAAGCUCAAAUAAACAAAGUAAAGGAUGAAGCUUUAAGCCGGAAAGAAAUUAUGGAUAAGAUAGAGCGGUGGCUUUCAUCUUGUGAUGAGGAAAACUGGCUUGAAGAUUAUAACCUGGAUCAUACACGGUACAGUGGUGGAAGAGGUGCUCAUAUAAAUUUAAAGCGGGCAGAACGAGCAAGAAUUACAGUGACUAAGAUUCCAGGUAUGGUUGACAGUUUGAUUCACCGGACACUAGCAUGGGAAGAUGAAAAUCAGAAAUUGUUUCUGUACGAUGGGGUGAGAUUGGUUUCAAUAUUGGAGGAUUACAAAGUGAGUCGUCUUCAGAAAGAAGAGGAGAAGAAACGAGCCCGGGAUCAGAAGAAACUCCAAGAUAUGCUGCUGGCAGAGAAGGAAUCGAUAUAUGGUUCUAGACCUAGUCCGAGAAGAACCAACAGCUUUAGGAAGACAAAUGGAUACCAUACAAAUGGAAAUGGGUCAGUCACUCCCUCGCCACGUCGGAGGAACUCAGUUGGUUGUGCAACUCCAGAGCUUCAAACACCCCGUUCUUACUCUGGGCGGCAGAAUACCUAUUUCAAGGAAAUGAGAAGACUAUCUACUGUCCCUCUCAACUUUGUGGCUGUGGCAAAGGAAGAUACCAUAUCAUUUUCUUCUAUUGGUGGUUCUGAGCCUGAAUCUCCGCCUCAAUUAGGCUGACUUCACAACUUGAGUUGGGAGACGACCACAUAAUCCAUGGCCACAUAACCUCAUAAUUUGUGAAUACUGAAGGGGAGUGUACACUACUGUAAUGCUGUAAUGUGUUAGGCAGUUCUAGCACUUUGUGACUUUUUUGUUAGUGAGACUUCUACUGGUGCUAUAAGCUGGUUACUAUAGAUAUUGUUUGUGGAUAUACUAGUGACAUGGAAGUUCUGUUUGAAUAGAUGUUCACUGACCGAUA